ACAGCGACGCCUCCACUCCGGUAUGACGGUGCCGCAGUGCGCGCCUCGUUCGCUAAACCGAGGACAAAGCCCCACCGAGCCCCGGCCGGGUAUAGGCAGUGACAGCCCCACUGGUGUUAUCAAGAAAUAUGAUGAUAUUAUCAAAAGUCCUGAAGAUAAACGGGAAUAUAGAGGUCUGCAUCUAGCAAAUCGUCUUAAAGUUUUACUGAUCAGUGAUUCUACGACUGACAAGUCAGCUGCUGCACUGGACGUCAACAUAGGUUACCUCAGUGAUCCAGAUGAGUUGCCGGGAUUGGCACACUUUUGUGAACACAUGCUGUUCCUUGGCACGGCGAAAUAUCCUGAAGAGAACGAGUACAAUAAGUUCCUUUCGGCUCACGGAGGGUCCUCGAACGCGUCCACAUCGUCAGACCACACCACAUACUAUUUCGAUGUGCUGCCUCAGCAUCUAUCGGGGGCCUUGGAUAUCUUCGCUCAGUUCUUCAUAUCCCCGCUGUUUACGGAAUCAGCGACCGGCAGAGAACUGAGUGCGGUCAACUCUGAACACGAGAAGAAUCUGUCAUCUGAUACUUGGAGACUGGACCAGCUGAACAAGAGCACGGCUGACCCGAAACACCCCUUCCACAAGUUUGGCACAGGAAACAAAGACACAUUAGAAAUAAUACCGAAAGAAAAAGGGAUCGAUGUGCGCAAGGAGCUGUUAAAGUUUCACCAGAAAUGGUACUCUGCAAAUAUAAUGACGCUCAUUGUCAUGGGGAAAGAAUCCCUCGACGAGUUAGAAGAAAUUGUAGUCAAGUUGUUCUCACCGGUAGAAGACAAAUCAGUAACAGCUCCCACGUGGCCCGAUCACCCGUUUCCCCCUGAUUUAAGAAGAAAACGCGCCUACUGCUACCCUAUCAAAGAUCUUCGGACCCUGUCUAUAGAUUUCCCCAUACCAGAUACGAGGAAGCAUUACAAGAGCGGUCCUGGACAUUACCUAUCUCACCUCCUGGGACACGAGGGUCCAGGGAGCUUGCUGUCAGCUCUCAAGGCAAGGGGCUGGUGUAAUAGUCUGGUAGGAGGUACGCGUAUAGGUGCGAGGGGUUUCGCCUUCUUCGGUGUUCAGGUUGACCUCACGGAGGCUGGAGUUGACCACAUCGAUGAAAUUGUUGAACUCGUCUUUCAGUACGUGGCGAUGUUGAAGGCCCAGGGUCCUCAGCGCUGGGUGUGGGAGGAGCAGCGCGACCUGAUGGCUCUGGAGUUCCGUUUCCGGGACGUUCAAGACGCACGCGCCGCUGUAGUUGCGCAUGCGCAUCUCUUACAGGACUUCCCGAUGCAGGACAUUUUGAGCGCAUAUUACCUGAUGACGGAGUGGAGGCCAGACCUCAUAGAAAACCUGCUUGGACUUCUCACCCCCGACAACGUAAGGGUGGGGGUUGUGGCGAAAUGUUUCGAGAACAAAUGCACACAGACGGAACCCUGGUACGGCACGAAGUAUCUUCAAGAGGAUAUCGAUAACGAAACACUUGAGAAAUGGAAAUCGGUGAAAUUGAACCCGGAGAUCCACUUGCCGCUGCCCAAUGAGUUCAUACCAGCGAGGUUGGAGCUGGAAAAGGCGACCGAUCCUACCGCCGAGGCGAUAGCACCCGCCAUUAUCAAGGAUACGCCGUUAAUGAGACUCUGGUACAAGCAAGACAACGAGUUCUUACUGCCUAAGGCAUUCAUUACCCUGGAAUUAGUGAGCCCGCUGGCGUACGCGGAGCCCGCGGCGUGCGGCCUGGCGUCGGUGUGGGCGCUGCUGCUGCGGGACGCGCUGCAGCAGUUCGCGUACGCGGCCGAGCUGGCGGGCCUGCGCUGGAGCCUGGGGAACGCCAAGCACGGCCUCAGCAUAACAAUAGACGGCUACGAUGACAAACAGCACGUGCUCCUCGAGAAGAUCAUAGAUCACAUAGUGAACUUCAAGACCGACCCCAAGAGGUUCGAAAUCAUGAAGGAGACUUACAUCCGAGCGAUAAAGAACUUCGAAGCCGAACAACCGUAUCAGCAUGCGGUGUAUCAACAAGCUGUGUGCUUGUCUGACGUUGUCUGGACAAGGAGUCAGCUGUUAAAUUCGGCUGAGACACUAACCCCGGAACAGUUGGACGAGUUCAGCCACAAACUCGUGCGCAAGUUGCACGUCGAGGCUCUAAUGUUCGGUAACCUGACGCGCGAGAGGGCGAUGGCGAUAGCCGACAUCGUCGAGAGCAAGCUACCAAAGGACGCAACGCCGUUGUUGGCGCAGCAGCUCUUGCUGUACAGAGAAGUCGAAAUCGAAAAAGGCGCGUGGUACGUGCGCUCCAUUGACAACGGCGUGCACAAGUCGUCGUGCGCGUCGCUGUACUACGCGUGCGGCGUGCGCCAGGCGCGGGCCAACGUCACGCUGGAGCUGCUCGCGCACGCGCUCAGCGAGCCCUGCUUCCACGUGCUGCGCACGCAGGAACAAUUAGGUUACAUAGUGUUCAGCGGCGUGCGGCGGUCGAACGGAGUCCAGGGUCUGAGGAUCAUCGUGCAGAGCGACCGACACCCGGAGUACCUGGAGGAGAGGAUAGAGAAGUUCAUCGAUGGGAUUGAGGAAUAUCUAGAAAAUAUGUCGGAAGAAGAGUUCCUCAAACACCGUGCUGCCCUUGCUGCCCAGCGGCUCGAGAGACCCAAACGUCUCGCCAUAAAAGCGUCGCAGCUCUGGAGCGAAAUCACUGCUCAGGUGUACAACUUCGACAGGCCUCGCGUGGAAGUCGACGAACUGAAUACGGUCACAAAGGCCGAGCUCAUUGACUUCUUUAAGAAACACGUGGGUCCCGAGUCCCCAGACAGACGGAAGCUUUCUGUAUACGUAGUUUCGACGGCCGAGGGCGGCGCCGGCGUCGAUUACAAGUCCGAGGAUGAUAAGAAACGUCAGCCCGUAAAGAUACAGGAUUUAGUCGAAUUCAAGUCAAGACGACGACUUAUGCCCCACCCUGCCCCAGCCGCCAGCGUGCCACGAAAGGGGGCACAUUGCAAGCUAUAGAAGACAAACAUACAAUUUAGCAUUAAAAUGCCUAAAUCCUAAUUGGAUGGGUUUGGUUAGACCAACCGUAGGUUCAAAGGGAUCGUUAGCAUAGGUCUGACUCUAGCUUAAUAAUUUUAGGCUGUAUUAUAUGAUGCUGUGAAUCGGGCGUCAGUUAAUAUGGAAAAAAAAGUGUGUUAUUGACUUGUAUAUGUUGACACGUUUUGACAAUUUGAAAUCAAAAUGUCUUGAAAUGUAAUUUUUUUUUAAAUUUUGCCUUUAAAGUUUGCACUUA